UCAGUCCCGGGCUGCCCCCGCCCGCCCGCCCGCCCGCCCGCGCGCUCCAAUCCUCUCCCCCGCCGGCUGCGUUCACGCGCCAGGAUUUGCCCGGCGGAUUUCCCCGCCGUCUUUUCGCUGCCAGCUCUAAGGCCGUCCGUCCGUUCGUCCGCCCGCCCGCCCGCCCGUCCAUCGGGCGCCCCCCGUCCGGCUGGGCAGAAGGAGGGGCGCGCCGGAGAUGCCGGGCAGAGACCCCGCCGGAUCUGCAGGGAAGGCGACGGCCGCCGGGCAGCCCGGCUGGGUCAGGCUGUGAGCGUUACAGGAUCCCAGCAAGACGCACCAUGAACUCUGCCAAUUUCCCCCUGUUUUGGAUAUGGUCGCUGUGGACCUUGGGCCCGACCCCAUGCGGGGUUUAUGGCCACCAAGCGACGCAGCCACACUCGAUCAGGAUCGAAGGGGACAUCACGCUAGGGGGACUGUUCCCUGUGCACUCCCGUGGCCCGGCUGGAGUGCCCUGCGGCGAAGUGAAGAAAGAGAAGGGGAUACACCGGAUGGAAGCCAUGCUCUACGCUCUGGACCAGAUCAAUAGUGACCCCGACCUCCUUCCCAACAUGACGCUGGGAGCCCGCAUCCUGGAUACCUGCUCUCGUGACACCUACGCCUUGGAGCAGUCGCUGACUUUUGUCCAGGCGCUCAUCCAGAAGGACACGUCCGACGUGCGCUGCUCCAACGGUGAGCCGCCCAUCAUUUCCAAACCUGAGCGCGUCGUUGCUGUCAUCGGGGCCUCAGCCAGCUCUGUCUCUAUCAUGGUGGCCAACGUUCUUCGCCUUUUUGCUAUUCCCCAGAUCAGCUACGCCUCCACUGCACCCGAGCUCAGUGACAGCAACCGUUACGACUACUUCUCCCGCGUGGUGCCUCCCGACUCUUACCAGGCCCAAGCCAUGGUGGACAUAGUGAAGGCCCUGGGUUGGAAUUACGUCUCUACACUGGCGUCUGAGGGAAACUAUGGGGAAAGCGGCGUGGAGGCCUUUGUGCAGAUCUCACGUGAAGCUGGUGGAGUCUGCAUUGCUCAGUCCAUCAAGAUCCCACGAGAACCCAAACCAGGCGAGUUUGACAAACUCAUCAAGCGUUUGAUGGAGACCCCCAAUGCCCGUGGCAUCAUCAUCUUUGCAAAUGAGGAUGACAUCAAGCAAGUGUUGGAAGCUGCACGCCGCGCCAACCUGACCGGGCAGUUCCUGUGGGUGGGUUCGGACAGCUGGGGCUCCAAGCUCUCCCCCAUUGUGAAGCUGGAGGAUGUGGCUGAGGGAGCCGUCACCAUCUUACCCAAACGAGCCUCAAUUGAUGGCUUCGACCAGUACUUCACCACCCGCUCCCUGGAGAACAACCGACGCAAUAUCUGGUUUGCCGAAUACUGGGAGGAGGAUUUCAGGUGCAAACUCACCAGGCCCGGGAUGCAACCUGAGGAGGGGGCACGGAAAUGCACAGGGGAAGAGCGGAUUGGGCGAGAUUCAUCUUAUGAGCAGGAAGGGAAGGUGCAGUUUGUGAUCGACGCUGUAUACGCCAUGGCCCACGCGCUGCACAACAUGCACGGGGAGCUCUGCCCAGGCCACACUGGGGUGUGUGACAAGAUGGACCCCAUUCAUGGGCGCACCCUGCUGCAAUACAUCCUCUCUGUCAACUUCAAUGGUAGUGCCGGGACACCCGUGAUGUUCAACGAGAAUGGGGACGCUCCUGGGCGCUAUGACAUUUUCCAGUAUCAGCUGACAAACACCACAUCCCCCGGGUACAAGGCCAUUGGUCAGUGGACGGAAUAUCUCCGCCUGAACAUCGAGGACAUGCAAUGGUCUAAUGGACAGAAAGAGAUCCCCUCUUCUGUGUGCAGCCUUCCCUGUAACUCGGGCGAACGGAAGAAGAUGGUCAAGGGGGUCUCCUGCUGCUGGCAUUGCGAGCUGUGUGAUGGCUACCAGUACCAGCUGGACGAGUUCACCUGUGAAAUGUGCCCCUUCGAUAUGCGACCCAACUCCAACCGCACAGCCUGUCGCCCGACCCCCAUUGUCAAACUGGAGUGGAGCUCCCCCUGGGCCGUUCUGCCCAUCUUCUUAGCGAUUCUGGGCAGCCUUGGCACAGUCUUCAUCGUCAUCACCUUUAUCCGGUUCAAUGACACUCCCAUCGUCCGGGCCUCGGGUCGCGAGCUGAGCUAUGUCCUCCUCACCGGGAUUUUCCUCAUCUAUUCCAUCACUUUUUUGAUGAUUGCUGAGCCCGGGGUCACUGUCUGCGCCUUCCGACGCCUCUUCCUGGGCCUAGGCAUGGCCAUCAGCUAUUCAGCCUUGUUGACCAAGACCAACCGCAUCUACCGCAUCUUCGAGCAAGGCAAGAAGUCGGUGACCCCACCCAAGUUCAUCAGCCCCACCUCCCAGCUGGUCAUCACUUUCAGCCUCAUGUCUGUGCAGAUUGUUAGUGUGGUCAUCUGGCUGGGGGUCCAGCCGCCUCACAGUAUUAUUGACUUCGAAGAGCAGCGCACUCCCAACCCCGAGUUCGCUCAGGGCGUGCUCAAGUGUGACAUGUCAGACCUGUCCAUCAUCUGCUGCCUCAGCUACAGCAUCCUCCUGAUGGUCACUUGCACCGUCUACGCUAUCAAGGCUCGUGGCGUGCCCGAGAACUUCAACGAGGCCAAGCCCAUUGGCUUCACCAUGUACACGACCUGCAUCGUCUGGCUAGCCUUUGUGCCCAUCUUCUUUGGCACUGCCCAAUCAGCAGAGAAGAUAUACAUUCAGACGACGACACUCACCGUCUCCAUGAGCUUGAGCGCCUCGGUGUCCCUCGGGAUGCUCUACGUGCCCAAGGUUUACGUCAUCAUCUUUCACCCGGAGCAGAACGUCCAGAAGCGAAAACGCAGUUUCAAGGCGGCAGCCGCAGCGGUCAACGCCUCCACGCGACUCUCGCAGAAAGGCGCCCAGAAUGGGGAGAGCAAAGACGAGAAGCCGGACAGUAAGUAGCCAGAAAGUUUCCAGAAGGUGACAUACAUCAGCUACACAGAGCUAACCUUGGUGCCCACAUGACCGAAGAUGAGGAGGGGCGUAUCCAUUGGCAGGGGUGGGGAAAGGGGAGGGGGUGGGC